AUGAGCGGGCGGCGGCGGCGGCGGAGCCCCGGCGGAGGAGGAGCCCCGGCAGGAGGAGGUGAGAGGGGCGCACGGGGGCCCGGUGAGCCGCUGCAGCCCGGGCACAGCUGGGGAGCCGCUGCCACCCCCGGAGCUGCCCGGGAUGGGCUGCCGGGCACGGAGGAAGGAGCUCGGCUGCAAGGAGGGAGCCCGGGGGAGGCUCUAGGGCAGCGCCGGAUUGACGUCCGAGCUCAACAAGCUCUAGCUUAGGGCCCCACUCUCUUGGGGGCCCCCAACAAAAUUAAAAAGGGGGGGAACCCCUGGAUGUACCUUCCCAAAAUAUCAGAUAAAAAAAACAAAUAAAACAAUACAUACAUACAGCAAUAGUGGCAAAUGGCUUUGGAUUAGGUCCAUCAAUUACCAUAUACAGUGGUACCUCGGGUUACAGACGCUUCAGGUUACAGGUUCCACUAACCCAGAAAUAGUACUUCAGGUUAAGAACUUUGCUUCAGGAUGAGAACAGAAAUCGGCACAGCGGCAGCAGGAGGCCCCAUUAGCUAAAGUGGUACCUCAGGUUAAGGACAGUUUCAGGUUAAGAAUGGACCUCCAGAACAAAUUAAGUUCUUAACCCGAGGUACCACUGUAGUAUAUAAAAGGUAAAGGGACCCCUGACCAUUAGGUCCAGUCGUGGCCGAUUCUGGGGUUGCGGCGCUCAUCUUGCUUUAUUGGCCGAGGGAGCCGGCGUACAGCUUCUGGAUCAUGUGGCCAGCAUGACUAAGCCACUUCUGGUGAACCAGAGCAGCGCACAGAAACGCCGUUUACCUUUCCGCCGGAGCUGUACCUAUUUAUCUACUUGCACUUUGACGUGCUUUCGAACUGCUAGGUGGGCAGGAGCAGGGACUGAGCAAUGGGAGCUCACCCUGUUGUAGGGAUUCGAACCACCGACCUUCUGAUCGGCAAGUCCUAGGCUCUGUGGUUUAACCCACAGCGCCACCCGCGUCUCUAUCAUAUAGCAUAUAUUCAACACAAAAAACAGUGUUGACAAAGGACAGCCGGCCCGGAAGGGACCCCCAAGGGUCAUCCAGUCCAGCCCGCUGCAAUGUAGGAAGCUGUCUUUUGCUGAGCGCCGGGCCCUCGGCUUCCAUCUAGGCCACCCUGGGCAGCAGAGUCUUCCCCAUCCCUCCCUGGAGAGAGGUGCCUUGGGAGCAGGGGGCCUUCUGCAUGCCUGACCCCCCUGAUCCCCCCCACAUGCGACAGCAGGCUUGGAGCUCCAUCUUGCCCAGUUGUUGCCUGUUGCGCCCAGCAGAGGGAUGCAGGCAGUGGAUGCUGCAACUGCUGAAUCCUUUGACCCAGAUAACUCCAGGAAGGAGGCUUAGAGUUAUGCAAUAAGCAGAAUGACAAGCGGCUAGUCCUCAGCAAAGGGAGGCUAGUCACUCCCAUAUGGCUCUUUAUUUGGGAAAUUUAUUGGGAUUUAAGUGGCCAUUAGCAAAUAUUCAGAAGCACAGAAUCCUGCGUGCUCAGUAGGCAGAGCUCAGUUGGUGGGCUCUGGGCUGUUAUGCUUGCUCCCAAAGGCAAGAUCUUUGCUGAUCCCAUUAUUUUGUCAUCUCGCCCUUCCUCCUAGGAGUUAAGGGCGCAAUGUUCCUUCUUCCCCAGCUGCAGAUCUUCACAACAACUCUCUGAGGGAGGCUAGGGACCAUCACGGGCUGAGGAUCUCCUAGUCAGCGUCCUAAUUAAGUAAGGAUAAGAAAGUAAGAGGGAUGCGGGUGGAGCUGUUUGUUAAACCACAGAGCCUAGGACUUGCUGACCAGAAGGUCGGCGGUUCUAAUCCCCGUGACGGGGUGAGCUCCCGUUGCUCAGUCCCUGCUCCUGCCAACCUAGCAGUUCAAAAGCACGUCAAAGUGCAAGUAGAUAGAUAGGUACCACUACGGUGGGAAGGUAAACGGCGUUUCCAUGCGCUGCUCUGGUUCGCCAGAAGCGGCUUAGUCAUGCUGGCCACAUGACCCAGAAGCUGUACGUCGGCUCCCUGAGAUGAGCGCCGCAACCCCAGAGUCAGUCACGACUGGACCUAAUGGUCAGGGGUCCCUUUACCUUUUUUAAGAAAGUAAGAUGAGUCUUAUUUAAGAAAAGAAAAGAAAGAUGAGGGGGUCCACUAGGUCCAGCAUCCUGUUCUCACAGUGACCUGUGGGAAACCUGUGAGCAGAAUUUGAGCACAAGAGCUCUCUUGCCUCCUGUAGUCUCCAGCAACUAUGAUUCAUGGCUGCCUCCAACUGUAGAGGCCGAGUGUGGCCAUCCUGGCUAAGAGCCACCAAUAGCCCUCUGUUCCCUCAUGAAUGUGUCCAAUGCCCUUUUAAAGCCAUCUAGGCUGGUGGCAUCACUGCCUCCGGUGGGAGUGAGUUCCACAGUUUAACUCUGCUCUGCCAUGCCUGGAAGAUUGCCUAGGAUUCGAAGCUUUGAACUGGGCAGGAAUUUCUCUCCUUCCUCACUCGCUCCUGUGGGAGGGAGUUCCAUCAUCUAUCGGCUGUGUGAAAUGGCCUGAGGCCUCUUCCCCUUUAAAGUCCCUUGAUGCAGUGGAGGGGGUGUCCCUUGGCACCCAUAACACAUGGGGGGGGGUCAUGGUCUUGACAUUCAGACCUCGGAGCUCGUGUUAGCAGGCAGAGAUGGAUGGGGCAGCCUCUGCUGAGCAGAAAACAGGAGAUUUAGUGGUUCAUCUGGGCUCCCACUUGAAUCUGACACCAAAUAAUCCAUUCUACCUGAAUUAAAUUGGGCAUAUUUGAAAGCAUUCCUGCAGCUGCCAAAGUAGGUUUUCAUGGUUUCUAACUUGCGUUUCUUUUUUCAAAGCGUUACUUCUAUUUUUAAGAAGUGUUGCGCGCAUUUACCAUUGAGAUUCAUCUGUUUUUUAUUCUGUGAACCACCCUGAGAUCUCACGAUGAAGGGCGGCAUAUAAAUCUAAUAAAUCUAAUAAAUUAAUGUAGUUUUUGGCCUGAAAAAGGAACAGCUUGCAAACAUCCGUAAUGAGACAGUGCCGGCUGAAGACACGACACGAAAGGAAAAGGCGUUGGUAGGGAGGAGGAAAAAAAGCAACCCCGAGAAUUAGUUCUUAGUUGCAGAGUUCUUGUAAUGACAAGCUGGAAUGGAAACGGUUCAAGAGGGGAGGAGCCAAAAGUUUCAGGCCUCUCAGCUGAGCCCAGGGAGAGACCCUGCCAUCUCAUCUCAGACUAGUUCUGCAGCAACAAUAGCGCAGGCCUCCCCUGGCUCUCUGGGGCUGCUCUUCCCAAGCAUCUCCUAGCAACGGCUGAGUCAACCCAGAUAAAAAUAUUCACCCAAUCGUCCCACAUUCUAGGGUUCAAACAGGUUCCUGGGACCAGAGGCGUUUCAAUGGCUUCUUUUUGGCCUUGGAAAAUCCCUGCGUACAGGGGCUUUCUCCUUGGCAUAUACCAGGGGGCACGUGGGUUUUUAAACAAUUAAGCAACGCUGCAUAACAUCAAGUAGCAGCAAUCCAAGCUGCUUCUGCCCCUGUUUCCUUGAAGGGCCUAUAAUAAUAGUAAUAGUAAUAGUAAUAGUAAUAGUAAUAAUAAUAAUAAUAAUAAUAAUAAUAAUGUUGGUUAGUGGUGUCAACUCUUCGUAACCCCCUGGACCAGAGCACGCCAGGCCCUCCUGUCUUCCACUGCCUCCCUCAUGCUGGUAGCUUCAAGAACACUGUUCCAACCAUCUCGUCCUCUGUUGUCCCCUUCUCCUUGUGCCCUCCAUCUUUUCCAACAUCAGGAUCUUUUCCAGGGAGUCUUCUCUUCUCUUAUUAUAACAACAAUAAUUUAUUAUUUGUACCCCACCCAUCUGGCUGAGUUUCCCCGGCCACUCUGGGCGGCUUCCAAUAGAGUGUUAAAAACAAUACAGCAUUAAAUAUUAAAAGCUUCCCUAAACAGGGCUGCCUUCAGAUGUCUUUUAAAAAUAAGAUAGCUGCUUAUUUCCUUCACAUCUGAAGGGAGGGUGUUCACAGGGCGGGCGCCACUACCGAGAAGGCCCUCUGCCUGGUUCCCCGUAACUUAGCUUCUCGCAAUGAGGGAACCGCCAGAAGGCCCUCGGCGCUGGACCUCAGUGUCUGGGCUGGAUGGUGUGGAUGGAGACGCUCCUUCAGGUAUACUGGACCGAGGCCGUUUAGGGCUUUCAAGGUCAGCACCAACACUUUGAAUUGUGCCCGAAAACGUACUGGGAGCCAAUGCCUACCUGCACCAAGUGGAGGAGUCUUGGCUGCCGAGUCCCUAGAGGGCAUUGCUCUGCCCGAUGGUCCUUGGCACAGGCUGCUCCUCCCUGGCGUUUGCCCUGGGCAGCACCAGACCACCCUCCAAAGGGGAUCCAUCCAGCCUGGGCAGGGUGCGGGCGCAGAGGCCCUUGCCACAGCCUUUGGCACUGACCCCUGUCAUUCUCCCCCUCCUUUCCGCAGAGCCGCCUGGGUUGCAGAAGAAGCAGAAGCGACUGCUGAUCCAUCAGGCCCUGACCAGAGACCCCGUCGAUGUCGAGAGCCUCCAGGCGGCGGCGCUGAGCCAGGGCGGGCUCCUCACGGACGAGAUCCGCCGGAAGGUGUGGCCCAAACUGCUGGGCGUGAACGUGUAUAGCCUGCCGCCCAAGCCAGGUAUGGCAUCCAGGACAGGAGAGGAGGAGAGUUCUUGAAAAGGCUGGCACGAUGUGUGUCUCGUUGGACUGGGUGCAGCUCCCCAGCAGUGCCUGGGUGCCCGUCGAGGCCUUGAGAAACCUCCCGGGUUUCUUCUGGAAUGCCCAAAGCUGUGAAAUCCCAGCCGUGGUCAAACCCCGUGGGCUGCAUUUGCCUAUGUAGGCCAGCAUGUUCCAGUUUUUACGAUGCCAUUUCACAGCAUGUCCAGUGUGGGAAUGUUGUGGGUAGUAGGAGAGGAUAUAUUGAAUAAAUAUUAUCCUCUGUCACUCACGCUAGUGAGUCAAUAGCAGAGUACAUUCCACAGUAUAUUGAAAUACUUUAUUGUCACUUGUACAACUUGUCUACAGUGAGAUUACACAAGCACCCCCCGCUCACCUCUCUGUCUUAAUUCCCUUUGUUUACUGAUGCACGCACACCAAACCCGAAAGUCAGUUGCCCUGUUGUUAUCUUUUCAUUCAGCAGCCUAACAGCCCCCAGAUAGAAGCUGUUCUUUACCCUGUUGGUGCCACUAAUUGUGCUUCUAUAGCUUCUGCCCAAGGGCAGGAGCUCCAGAAAGUGCUGGCCAGGGUGUGUUGGUAGAUUUGUUUGAAUCUCUUCACUUAAGCAAUCCAAUCUCGCCUGUCCAGGUUGGGUUUGUUCCUGGUACAUCUCCUUUGUUUCCUCUUAAAAAGAAUAAAGACACAGCAGUCUUCUCUUUGAAAUAAUGAUAAGAAGUUUACUUCCAUUCAGUUCACAGUAGGUUCCCUGAAGGCAGACUUUUAGCUUGUAGUUACAGAAAUGAGAGUGGGUUCACCCCAUGUAGGGAUAUGAGCCCAUGUGCUGCUGGCUGAGAACCAGCAGACAGCAAAAGACAUCAAGAGAUCAUGGCAUCAAAGAGGGAGAUGGCUGCGUGACUGGCCCUUUUAUGGGGUCUCCCGGGGUCAUGCCAAUCUCCCUGGUCACACGCAGGGGAAGGAUGCUCCAGACCAGCUGUGACAGGAAGUCCUCCUGGCUGGAGUAUCAUCCCCCCUGUGUGUCCACUCUGGGCAAACAGGAAGUGUUGAACUUGACUGCUUGUGUUACAUCCCGCACCCAGGCAGUAUGGAUGAUGGGAGUUGUCCAUAACACCUGGAAGGCACAAGGUGGGCAGAGUCUGAUUCAAGGCACGUUGCUGUGGCGCAUGCUAAGGACACAACAGGCUGUUUUCAGAAGCUGUCAAUUAGGGCAUAAUGUCCUGUUCCCAAACAGUGUUAUCAGAGGUGCUGAAGAUCUUGUCAUUCAGUGUUCUGACUGUUGGGAUCUCCGCUUGGCCAAGCUGAUAAAGCACAUUUUCUUCCCCCGAGUCCUUCGGAAUCGCCUCCCGAUGUGUUUAACGACCUGAGCCUUUGAUAAGGCUGCAAGGCACGUUCCAUUCAGCAGAGUUUCCAGCACAGGAAAGAGACGAGAGGUUUGGGCUACAUUGCAAAGAGUUUUAUUAUCCUAACUACGCAGACAAAAAACACAUCCUCUCUCUGUGAAAGCAGAGAGCAACUUAGCAAAGGAACAAAGGAAACAGGAAACCCACUAACGUCACAUCCCGUCUCCCUUCUCCCGUGAGACUUCCAAUAGCCUGGAAUCCCUGGAAUGUAAACAGAGUCCUGUGACUCCAAAAGCAGCUGCUCAGUGGCAAACAGAAACUAACACUGAUAUGCCCUGGAUUGGAUGAAGGAAAAGCCCUGUUCACACAAUCCAUACCUUGGCUUUCAUUUUUUUUUCUAGACCCAGCGUGGCUUGGUUUGCAGGCACAGUUGAAGUUAUGUGAACGUCCACUGUGGAACUCCUUGCACGGUUCUUUUUGGCUGUGCCAUCCAAUCCUGGUCUCCUCUUGGUAGCUGUUAGGGACUGGCUGGAUGACCAGAAGUGGUAGGAGGCACCAGCCGGGGGACCCCCAAGGGAAACCUCAGAGGAGGAAGGCUCAGAGCCCGGGGAUUGGUGGUGGGAGACCAAGGAGAGAUCGGAGGGAGGAGUGGGGAGAGGAAAGGUUAGAUGCUGAAGGAGCAACAGGCUUUUGUGAGGCAGGAGAGCCGGCUGCAGAGAGCAGUUCAGACUCAGAAACUGAGGCAGAGGAGGGAGGGAGGGGGCUGCAGAAGAAUGGAGGGAGCCUGCCUUUCCUACUGUAGAAAGGCUGAGGAGAUGGAGACGGAGAGCGGGUAGAAGACCUCCAGGCUUGGCAACUGCUCCAUAGGGGCAGAGCCUGUCAGGAAAGGCUGCCGAAUUGUAUGCCGUUUUAUUGAAGAAAUACUUUGCUUCUCUGCCUGACUCUGCUUAUUAUUUAUUGUUGUUGUUUUAUUACUUAUACCGCAGCCCUAGCAGUAGCUGAGGUAGGAAGAGGAUUCAUGGUCCCCGUGGCCACUCUCAGGGGCCCUUGCCAGUGUGCCCACUGCCAUCAUGGGGUGGAGUCUUUGAGAAUCUCUGGGCACCUGUGUUAAGGACAUCUUGGUGCAGGGCAUGCUGGGACGUUGUGCAUGUGUGGGCUGUUGGCUUUUUUGUUUUGUUUUUUUGCCAGCCCUUUUGUGGCAAACCAAGGCGCUUCUUCAUCUGGCGCAGCUGAAAACGGGGGCAGGGGAUGAAAGUUGGUGUGACGCGCGAAGAGGUCUUGUAGAGCAUGCUGCCUCCUGCCUGGCGGUGGGCGCCCAUUGCUGAGCCACCCCACCCACAUCCCGUUUCCUCGCUUCUCCCCCAGGUCGGGAAGUGCGCCAGAACCACAAAGAUUGCCACCAGGUCCUCCUGGAUGUGCGCCGUUCCGUUCGCCGCUUUCCUCCAGGUGAGACGGGUCUCUUGCACAGGGGGAAGGGGAGGGGUGAAGGGAUGCAGCCGUGGAGGAGAUGCCCGUGGCAACAAGGAGGGGGAUGGGCUGUGUUUGCCACCUGCCACCCACCCCUGAUCCCUGCGCAGGCAUGCAUGAGGAGCAGCGUCAGGCCCUCCAGGAGCAGUUGACCGAUAUCAUCCUGCAUGUGCUGAAGACCCACUCUGAGCUGCACUACUACCAGGGCUACCACGACAUUGCUGUGACCCUGCUGCUGGUCUCUGGCGAGCGCAUGGCCGUUGCUCUGCUGGAGAGGCUCUCGACGCUUCAUCUCAGGUACUGCGCUGGUCCCGGGGGGGUUACCGUGUGGUGUGGUCUGAGUCCGGUCCUAGGUCGAGGGUCUGGAGGCUGUCCGUCAAGGGUGAAGCGGGGUCCAAGGCAAGGUGCCGGGCGUGGUCAGGAACUUCAGAAGAGCAGGUCAGGGUGCUGGCAGGAACAGGCUUCCAGCGAUGUUGCUCCCGCAACCUGGUUCUGGGCUGACUGGCCUUUAUCUCCUCUGAGGCCUAGGGCGGUCCCGGCCCACAGGUGACUUGCCUUUCCUGUCCUGGAGGCGAGCACUCCUCCUGAGAGAACUUAGUUCCCUCCGCCUCUCUGCCGUGAGCCUCUGCAGCUCAGGAGAGGCUGGAGGGUUACUGGACCCAGAGGCAGCCUCACCUUCACGUGCAGGCAACGGGUCCUCCAUCACCUCCGGAGCCAGAGUGGAUACGUCUGGUGUCUGCUCCUGAGGAUCCGGCACAGGUGCAGGCCCUUCAGGCUCAAGCCCCAGCCCCGGCUCAGCUGGUCCUGUGCAGGCUGGGAUUCCUCAGGUUCAGCCUCUGAAUCAGAUUCCCAGGCCAUCACAGGUACAUCACCUGGACUGGGCGCAGGGAAGAAGUGGUGGUGAUGGUAGAGGAGGAGGAGGAAAAUGCACCUUUUGUUGAAAGUGGCAGCAUUGAACAUGGCCCUCCCCAGCUUCCAUGUUCUUUCUAGGGACUUUAUGUUGUUGUUUUUUAAAGUUAUUUUUAUUAACAAUUUUCACAUAACAAAUUAUUCAAACAAAUCAUCUUCAUUAUUCCCCCCCAUUUUUUCCCUCCUCCUCCCCAACAGACCCUCCCUCCUUCCCCCCUACAACUUCCCUCAGCUCCUCUCUCUGAUUUCUCUACCAAUUUUAACUUCUGCGUAUUAUAAAACUGUAUACAUCCUUAUAUUAUCUGUCUACUAUAUUAAGCCUCAAUAAAUUUGUGUAUGUUCAUUCAAAACCUGCCAAGGAGUCCAAUUCAUUUUGUUGUCUUUUAAAAUAAUUUAUAAAAGGUUCCCAUUCUUCUUUAAAGUCACACUUGUCCUUGUCUCGUAGUUUGCGUGUCAGUUUCGCCAGUUCUGAAUAGUUCAUUAAUUUCUCUUGCUGCUGUUCUUUUGUCGGGGUUUCUUCGUUCCUCCAUCCUUGUGCAAUCAAGACUCUUGCCGCUGUUGUUGCAUACAUAGAUAAAUUCUUUCUUUUCCUUGGCAGGUCUUGUCCUAUAAUCCUUAACAGAAAAGCCUCUGGUUUUUAUUAUAAAUGCUAUUUUGAACAUCUUCUUCAGCUCAUUAUAUAUCAUUUCCCAGAAUUUUAAAAUUUCUCUGCAUUCCCACCACAUAUGAUAAAAAGUCCCUUCCUUUUCUUUACAACAUGUGUUUGACCCAGUUUUAUACAUUUUUGCAAUCUGUGCUGGUGUUAUAUACCAUCUAUACAUCAUUUUCAUGUAAUUUUCUUUUUUCUUUUUUUUAAAUGAUAUUUAUUGAAGUUUCACAUAAAAAGAGACACAUUAAUAAAAAAAGAAUUUAAAAAGAAAAAGAUAAAUACACAAUACAAAAUACAAAAAGAAAAAAGAAAAAACAGUUAAAAACAAUUCCAUCUUUUCAUCACUACUUUUACAUUUACUUAUUUCCCGGACCUCCUCAUACCUCCCUCUUUUGUAUUCCAAUUCAGUUUGUUUGUCCAGCAAUUCCUUUCCCUCCUUUUUAAUCCUAAUCCUUAAUCUUAAUAUAAUAUAACAUUUAAUUUUUACGUAUUAAAAACCAAUUUUCCAUUCUUUUAACCUUUUUAAUCCUAAUCCUUAAUCUUGAUCUGUAUAUAACUUUAAAGCCUGUACAGCUAGAAGCCACUUAAUUUCAAUCCAUCAUCACUCUAACAUUCUUUAAUUUUGCAAUAUUUCUGUAAGUAAUCUUUGAAUUUCUUCCAAUCUUCUUCCACCGACUCUUCUCCCUGGUCACGGAUUCUACCAGUCAUUUCCGCCAAUGCCAUAUAGUCCAUCAAUUUCAUCUGCCAUUCCUCCAGUGUGGGUAGCUCUUUUGUCUUCCAAUACUUUGCGAUGAGUAUUCUUGCUGCUGUUGUUGCAUACAUAAAGAAAGUUCUAUCCUUUUUUAACACCGAUUGGCCGACUAUGCCCAGGAGAAAGGCCUCUGGUUUCUUCAAGAAGGUAUAUUUAAAUACCUUUUUAAAUUCAUUAUAUAUCAUCUCCCAGAAAGCCUUAAUCUUUGGGCACGUCCACCAAAGGUGAAAAAAUGUACCUUCAGUUUCUUUACAUUUCCAACAUUUAUUAUCAGGCAAAUGGUAGAUUUUUGCAAGCUUGACUGGGGUUAUGUACCACCUGUAUAUCAUUUUCAUAAUAUUCAUUUUCAUGUAAUUUUCUUUCAGAAGAGAGCAAUCUAUGAAUUUUAAAUCUGGUUUCCACAGCUUUUCCCAAUUGUAUAUUAUGACCUAUAUCUUGUGCCCAUUUGAUCACGACCGAUUUCACCUCCUCAUCUUUUGCUUUCUAGGGACUUUAUGGACCCCACCAUGGACAGCACCAAGCACAUCCUCAAUUACCUCAUGCCUAUUCUUCAGCAGGAGAGCCCUCGACUCCAUGACUUCAUGCAAAGGUACCUUCUCCCCACCCCACACCCCAUGUCCCAGGGUGGGUGGGCCUUUGUGCAAUCAGAUAAAAGCUGGGAAGGCUGAAAGGUAAAAAAAACAUGGGGGUAUUUGCAAAGCUGUAGGUGGGCUUGGGUGUGAGGGCAGGUUCCAAAACGAUGGAGACCAAGGCUGCUUCUUCUCUCUUUUUUGAAUAAUACUUCAUUUAGUAUUCAACAAUGACAAAGGGAAGAAAACCACAGUAGUUGCUACAUCAAUUCAUUACAGUUAACCAAUUUUAACAAUAUAUAAAUAGUAACAGAAAAAAUACACAACAUCACUUUUAACUUACGGAAGUUUUCAUAUUACACUUUUAUCUCUAUAACUCAUUGUUAACAUAUUGAAAAGAGGAAGACCAAGAAAGGAGACACACAAAAAAGAAAAAGGAAAAAGAAGGGGGGGGUGAGGGGAGGGGGGAAGGGGGGAGGGGGGAAGGAAAAGGAAAAAGAAGACAAACCAAACCAAACACAUUUGCUUCUGAUUAGACUCAUUGCAUUAUUAUUUCUACAAGUUUUUCACACGCAGUUCCAAGUUAUUGUAUUUCUUUCUUUGUUUUCGUCAGAUAUCAAAAAACAUUAUAUUUGGAGACCAAGGGCUUCUUAGUGGUGACUCCUUCUCUUUGCUUCUGCUUGCAGAGCUGAGGUGGGGACCAUCUUCGCCCUGAGCUGGCUGAUCACCUGGUACAGCCACGUCCUCGCCAAUUUCCAGCACAUCCUUCGCCUCUAUGAUUUCUUCCUGGCCUCCCACCCUCUCAUGGCAGUUUACUUUGCCGCUGCGGUAAGUCAGGCUGGAGGCACGAUGAGCAGGGGGUGCUAUGCCGCAGCAGAGGGAGGUUUCCUCUUUGGGGGGCUUCUCUUUGGUGCCCAACCCACUUUCAGAGCUUUCUUACGGCUAUUGAGUGGGGAUGUGUCUUCAUGGCUGUGGUCAAUAGUGGAGUUUAGCACUCCAAUUUAGCAUCCUGAGAGUUUAAUCUUGUAAAAAAAGCCUUUGCCAAUCUUUUUUUAAAAAUCAUUUUUAUUACGUUUUCCAUUUUAACAAUCCAAUCAAAUCACAUUAAAUAUUCCAAAUUAUACUUAUACAUGUCAAAUAAUCCAAAUAUUCUGCUGAAUUAUAAAAUUUUUAUUGGGACUUCCCAUGCUUCAAGUUCGGGGGGGCUCUGAUCAUCUCAUAUCUCUACUGCUUUUGACAGUCAUUUCUAAUAGUUCCUUUAAAUCUUCCUGUUGUUAACCUAGCCUUUGCCAGUCUAGUGCCCUCCAGAUGCUAAGAGGCAGCAUGACCGAAGUUUGUAAAAUGAUGCCUGGUAUGGGGAAGUGGACAGAAAUAAAAGUUUUUCUCCUGUUCUCAUAACACUAGAACUCGUGAACUCGGACAUCUCGUGAAACUGAUGUGGGAAUGUUCAGGGGUGCAGGAGAGGAUAUAUUGUGAGAUUAUAUCCUAAUCCAACUUGUGCUAACAAGUUCCCAAAAUAUCAGCAGAGUUUAUAACAUUCCCCUUAUAGGUUCGCAACGGUAAUGUGUGCAUAGGUUCGCUAGAACCUCUAUAAUAAUUACUCUGGUAAUUUCCCCUUUUGUUCCCUCUUAAAAUACAAGACACGACACAGUCUUUAUAAAAGUAUAAAAGAGUUUACUCACGUUCUGUAUCACAGUAGGAUCCCAGAAGGCAGACAGCUUUAAAAGGUUACAUACAUUCAGAAUCUAUCUUAUAGCAAGAUAGUCCUGUCCUCUCUUGGCUGAGAGCCAAGAGGGCAUCCUGCUUCUUCGAAAGUUGAUGGCAGAGAGCAAGAGAGAUGUCAAGAGAGAGAAUGGCUGCCUGCCCUGUGCUUUUAUCAUUUACCUGCACAGGUGAGGCCACACCCACCUCUGGUCACAUGCAGAGGAAGUCCGUCCCCAGGAAGUUUACCUGCUUGCUGGACUGACAUCCCUCCCCAUGUUCUAACAUGUACACUCUAGGAAUGUUGUCAUUGACUGCUCCUGUGUUUACAUCCCACAACUGAAUGUUGAAAGAUUCAGGACAGAUUUUUUUAAAAAAAGGCUUAUUCACACAGCACAUAGUUAAACUCUGGAACUCCCUGCCAUGUGAGGCAGGGAUGGCCACAAACCUGGAUGGCUUUAAAAGAGGAUGAGACAAAUCCAUGGAGGAGGAAAAGAGGGCUUUCAAUGGCUUCUGGCCAGGAUGGCUCUUGCUCUGCUUCCACGGCUGGAGGCAGCAGUGCUUCUGAAUCCCAUUCCUGGAAACCCCAGGAGGGGAGAGUUGCUCUGGUGCUCAUGUCCUCUUUGUGGGUUUUCCACAGGCAUCUAGUGGGCCACUGUGAGAACAGGAUGCUGGGCGAGACUGGCCACCGGCCGGACCCAGCAGAUGCUCUUCCGGUUGGCAUGCAACCAAGGAAACGGGGGCAAUUGGCAGGCCCCCAGCUGGCUCCAGCCCACCAGCCAGUGUCCUGGGCAAACUCCAGUCCUUGGAUCAUCAUGAAUCUGCGACCCGAGCUUCAGAAGCUAGAGCACGUUCUGCCCGGACACUGAGGUCCAGCGCCGAGGGCCUUCUGGCGGUUCCCUCAUUGUGAGAAGUGAGGUUACAGGGAGCCAGGCAGAGGGCCUUCUUGGCAGUGGCACCCUCCCUGUGGAACUUCCUCCCCUUCAGAUGUGAAGGAAAUAAGCAGCUAUCCUAUCUUUAAAAUACAUCUGAAGGCAGCCCUGUUCAGGGAAGUUUUUAACAUUUAACGCUGUAUUGUUUUUAAUACUUGAUUGGGAGCCGCCCAGAGUGGCUGGGGAAACUCAGCCAGAUGGGCGGGGUAUAAAUAAUGAAUUAUUAUUAUUAUAUUAUUACUCAGCAGAGUAAACGCUUCGCUGCAGAAGUGGCAGGAGAGGCUGUGUAAGCAUAUUUACAAGCAGUUUAUUCAGCAUGUCGUCGUUUAGUCGUUUAGUCGUGUCCGCCUCUUCGUGACCCCCUGGACCAGAGCACGCCAGGCACUCCUGUCUUCCACUGCCUCCUGCAGUUUGGUCAGACUCAUGCUGGUAGCUUCGAGAACACUGUCCCACCAUCUUGUCCUCUGCUGUCCCCUUCUCCUUGUGCCCUCCAUCUUUCCCAACAUCAGGGUCUUUUCCAGGGAGUCUUCUCUUCUCAUGAGGUGGCCAAAGUACUGGAGCCUCAGCUUCAGGAUCUGUCCUUCCAGUGAGCACUCAGGGCUGAUUUCCUUCAGAAUGGAGAGGUUGGAUCUUCUUGCAGUCCAUGGGACUCUCAAGAGUCUCCUCCAGCACCAGAAUUCAAAAGCAUCCAUUCUUCGGCGAUCAGCCUUCUUUAUGGUCCAGCUCUCACUUCCAUACAUCACUACUGGGGAAACCAUAGCUUGAACUAUACGUUAUUCAGCAUACAUCAGGACAAAAGGAAACAUGUCUGAUCCCCUUCGUAUCCAAAGCAAGACAGCAAAAGCAAAAGGGAAGUUCCCAGCAAGCUGUGCUGGAGUGUAAACAGACAUGUGACAUGCAACACUUCCACAUGUCUGUUCUUAAGGUAGAAUGGAAUAUCCUAACACUUCCUAGGCUCACCAGCCCCUCUGUCUCCCUUCCCUUCCCUUCCCUUCCCUUCUCUCCCACCCAUCUAGAUUGUCCUCUUCCGCGAAGAGGAGGUGCUGGCCUGUGACUGCGACAUGCCCAGCAUCCACCAGCUCCUGUCCCAGAUUCCUCAGGACCUGCCUUACGAGACCCUCAUCGCCCGUGCCCACCAGCUCUUCCAGCGUCUCCCCCACGCCCAGCUGGCCAAACAAGCAGCUCUUCAGCUCCAGAAGAGGUGAGAGGGGCCAGGACUUUGGGAGGAGGGGCAGUGGGAUCCUGGGUUCCUCCCCCAGGAGGUGUGUGCAUGCAUGGGGUGAGGUAGGGCUCUGCUUGUCUUUGCAACGUCCAUCCUCCCCUGCUUCUCCACACAGCCACUAAGGGAGAGAGGAGAUGGCUGGAAAGUUUUUUUUUAAUGCACAGAGAAUCCCAUGGAAGUCAGAGGUGAAAAGUUAGAGAGUGCACCCUGCCAGUGUGGGAAUGUGGAGGCAGGCAGAAGAGGAUACGUUGGUUAUUAAUAUCCUUCCUAACUUGUGCUAGCAAGUUCCUUUACUUAGCAGAGUUUCAUCCCCCUUUUUACACAGCAGAAAACUGGCUGCAAACUUGUGUGAGUUUCUUAAGACAAUAAGCAAUUCAAUCUGGCUUGUCCAGAUUGAAAUGUGUCCUAACAUGUUCCUGGUAAGACCCCUUUUUAAUCCCUCCUAAAAGAAUAAAGACACCACAGUCUUAUUCAUAAGUAACAAAAAGUAAGGUCACGCCCACCCACUAGUCCCAUGCAAGGAAGGAUGCUCAGGCCAGGAGGAACAGGAAGUUUCGACUGGCAAGACCAAACAUUCCCUUGCAAUGUCCGCUCUCUUCUCGCAAAAUAAGGAAUGUUGUACUUGACUGCUCCCAGUAAUAAUAAUGAUGAUAAUGAUAAUAAUAAUAAUAAUAAUAAUAAUAAUAAUAAUAAUAAUAAUAAUUUAUUAUUAUUUAUACCCUGCCCAUCUGGCUGGGUUUCCGUGGCCACCCUGGGCGGCUUCCAACAAAGUGUUAAAAUACAGUGGUCUGUUAAACAUUAAAAGCUUCCCUAAACAGGGCUGCCUUCAGAUGUCUUUUAAAAGUCUGGUAGUUGUUGUUCUCUUUGACAUCUGGUGGGAGGGCGUUCAACAAGGCGGGUGCCACUACCAAGAAGGCCCUCUGCCUGGUUCUCUGUAACUUGGCUUCUCGCAACGAGGGAACCGCCAGAAGGCCCUCAGCGCUGGACCUCAGUGUCUGGGCAGAACGAUGGGGGUGGAGACGCUCCUUCAGGUAUACUGGACCAAAGCCGUUUAGGGCUUUCAAGGUCAGCACCAACACUUUGAAUUGUGCUCGGAAACAUACUGGGAGCCAAUGUAGACCUUUCAAGACCGGUGUUAUGUGAUCUCGGCUGCCGCUCCCAGUCACCAGUCUAGCUGCUGCAUUCUUGAAUAAUUGCAGUUUCCAGGUCACCUUCAAAGGUAGCCCCACAUAGAGCACAUGGCAGUAGUCCAAGUGAGAGAUAACCAGAGCAUGCACCACUCUGGUGAGACAGUCCAUGGGCACGUAGGGUCUCAGGCUGUGUAGCAGAUGGAGCUGGUAGACAACUGCCCUGGAUACAGAACUGACCUCCGCCUCCAUGGACAGCUGCAAGUCCAAAAUGACUCCCAGGCCCACUAAGAGUGCAUGGCAGUAGUCCAAGCAAGAGAUAACUAGAGCAUGCACCACUCUGGUGAGACAGUGGAUUACAUCCCACAGCCAGGAGGUUUGUCUGUUUCCCCAACUGACCCAUUUUCUGCCCCUCUCUUUUCCACCCCUCCCAGCAUCAGCAUUGGCACUUUCUCAGCCUUCCAGCAGGCUGCUUCGUGCCAGCGCCCAGACGCCGUCCUGCGCCAGCAGCAGCAGCAACACUUAACCACCAGCAAGGCAGAGGAAGCGGGUGAACUCCUCCCUGCAGCCGAACACAGCCCUCUGGUGAAGGCCGCGGUCUGGGGCAUCUCAGCCACGCUGGGGGCCGCGGCCCUGGCCGUCACGCAGACCGCCCUGGAAUGGGCUCCCGAGUUCCUCCUGCAGCUCUUCUGA